AUGCCGCUCGUCCACUUUCCUUCCUCCAAGCUCCUGCGCCGUCAUUUGCUGAUCUUUCUACCUUUUCUGCUUCUUGCAUUCAGCUACCGUGCCUACGUAAAUCAGCAACUGGCAUGGGUAAACUCAUUUGAAGUAACUCUGAGUUUAUCAUGGAUCUACACGUCGUCGAAGUUCUGGCAUUCGUUCGUCCCGAUGCUUGCUGCCGCGGCGCCAAAAUGCUCUCAGCCAAUUCUGACGCAAAACGCGACAGCAACGAAUUUGUCCAUAAAUGAGUAUGAGGUGGCAGAAUCAAUACACAUGAAGACGGACGAUGUUGAGUGUAUGCGUCGAUACCACUCCUUGUUCGUGGAUCUUGUCAAUUUUGGUCCGCCGAAACUGGACUACAAACGAGGGACCGACGGGAUUGUGAUGGCUGUGGAGGAAUCCAGCUUUCCAAUUCUUCUCGUCAAUCUAUUGAUGCUGCGGCGAACGAACUCGACUCUGCCGGUUGAAGUCUUCCUGGCCACUCCGAAAGAUUAUGAGGCGCAGAUCUGCGAAGUGAUCCUGCCGGAGUUGAAUGCGAGAUGUGUCGUCCUGUCCAGCCUCCUCGAAAACUCGAAAGACAAUUCGAAGAGCACUUUGACGAUAGCGGAACACCCACUGAAACUCAUGGCCGUCCUGCUCUCAUCCUUCGAAUCCGUGCUCCUCCUCGAAGCCGACACCUUCUUACUCCAACGACCCGAUGUCCUGUUCAGCUCCGAACCCUUUAUAUCCAGUCAGCUCGUCUUCUGGCCCGACCUUGCAGCUCCAACAUUCGCAUCUCAACUCUCCAGCAUUAUCGGACUAAGUAAGGACGUCUCUUUCGAAAGUCUCACGGUUGCAGGCGGCCAGAUUCUGAUAUCGAAGCGGCAUCACGCCGCCACUCUGCUGCUCACAGCAUAUUAUAACAUCUAUGGGCAAUUUUACAGCCCACUGCUCACCCAAGGCCGCACCAUCGGCAGCGACGACUUCUUCGCCGCGUCAUUGGCUCUGAACGCCACCUCUUACACCUUAUACGAGCCUCCGCGUCUCCUUGGGCCCAAGUCCAAGUCGACAGCGCGAGCAACGCUUCAACACGACCCGAUUAUGGACUUCAAGUGUGAAACCCUCAAUACUAGCUCCUGCACCGUCACUCCAUUCUUCCUCAACUCCAACUGGGCCUUCGACACCACGACGAAUCCCUUUGUGAAGCAGCCCUGGGGACGGAUGUGGGGUUCGAAAGCAGAAGGACGGAUUCUGGGUGUGGACAUAGAGGCUGUAGUCUGGGAAGCGCUGGUUGAGGUUGCGUGUGAGCAGCGUCUGGUUUUGAGAGGGUGGCGGAAUGAAGGGAUGCCGGUCUGUGGGAGGGCCCAGGCGGCUUAUCGUGUGGUUUUUGGAAGGGAGUACGAGAGAUAUGAGAUUUAG